AUGUCGGAGGAUUUGAACAAGAAGACCGAAGAAUUGUCUCUCGAGAAUGAAAAGACCGUCUUGAGCAGCAAGGAGGAAUUCACGGCCAAGCACCCUUUGAACUCCAAGUGGACUUUGUGGUACACGAAGCCCAUGACCAACAAGUCCGAGACUUGGCAGGACUUGUUGAAGCCCGUCAUCACCUUCGGCUCCGUCGAGGAAUUCUGGUUGCCCUUGAAGUCGGACUACCACUUGUUCAAGGAAGGAAUCAAGCCUGAGUGGGAAGAUGAGGCCAACGCCAAGGGUGGCAGAUGGCAAUACUCCUUCAACAACAAGCGUGACGCCAUGCAGGUGAUCAACGACUUGUGGUUGCGUGGUCUUUUGGCCGUGAUUGGCGAGACUAUUGAGGAUGACGAGAACGAGGUUAAUGGUAUUGUGUUGAAUGUCAGAAAACAGGCUUUCCGUGUUGGUAUCUGGACCAAGGACUGCGAUGAGUCCAAGUUGGUUACCAUUGGUGAGAGAUUCAAGAAGGUGUUGAGAUUGCCUGACGACCAGAAGGUGGAGUUCAUGUCCCACGACACCUUCAACGCCAAAGGUGACGCCCAGAUUUCCAUCUAG